UUCAUCAGUCUGAGAGGGAGAAAAUGGCUUACAGUCAGGAACUGUUCGACUGCUCCAUCUGUUUACAGUUACUGGACGAUCCAGUGACGACCGCCUGUGGACACAGCUACUGUAUAAAGUGUGUCAACACCUUCUGGGACAGGAACAAUAACAGAGGAAGAUCGUACAGCUGCCCUCAGUGCAGGCAGAUUUUCUACCCGAGGCCCGUUCUGAAGAGGAACACCCUCCUGUCUGCCUUGGUGGAGGAACGGAGGAGGACAUCCAGUCAAACUGGUGACACUUAUGCUGCGCCUGGUGAUGUGCUGUGUGACGCUUGCACAGGCAGAAAAACAAAAGCUUCCAUGUUCUGUCUCGUGUGUUUGGCCUCUUAUUGUGAGACUCACCUGAAGCCUCACUUUGAAGUGCCGCCACUGAAAAAACACAACCUGGUCCAAGCCUCCGCCAGGAUCAAAGACAGCAUCUGUGGCCGUCACGACAAACUUCUGGAGAUCUACUGCCGCACCGAUCAGCAGUUCAUAUGCCUGCUGUGUGUGGUGGAUGAGCACAAAGGCCAUGACACUGUGGCAGUUGAAGCAGAGAAGUGUCAAAUGCAGAGACAACUGGAGCAGACUAAACAAGAAAUUGCAGACAGGGUGCUGAAUGCAGAGAGCAAAAUGGUGGAGCUGAGGCGGGCCGCCGACUCUAUAAGAGACGCUGCAUGGGAGGCAUGUGACGACUUUGAGCGACUGUGUGCGCAACACAUUCGUAUGUACGUCCGCUCUGUGGAGAGGAAGCGCUCUGAGAUGAGAGAGGAAGCUGGAGAAGCAGAGAAAGCUGGACUGGACUGGACCAGCAGCCACCUCGGGCAGCUGAGGAGUGAAGUGCUCGAGCUGAGGAGGAGGGAGGAUAAGCUCAACCGGCUUUCACUAACAGAGGACCCCAUUCAGUUUUUUCAGGGUUUCUGGGCUCUGGGUGACCUUUCUGUACUCACAGACUCACAUGAAAAACCGGACAUGCUGGCAGAGUUUGUCACUGCACAGAAAGAUAAACUGGGAAAUAUGUGCAGCAAAGCAAAGAAUGAACUAUUCAGCCAUUGUGAAGAAAACGUGUUGUCAAAAAUGCCAAGGCUGCAUGAGGAAAUAACUUCACGGACAUUCCUUUUGACCAAUUAUAAGAACUCUGAAGUGGAGGUGGAUCCCAACACGGUAGCUGCAUGUCUGUGCCUGUCUGAUAGAAACAGAGAGGUGUCGUGGGGUGGCAGGGACCAGGCCCAUCCCGAUCACCCUGACAGGUUCACCUACUAUCACCAGGCUCUGUGCCAAAAGGGCCUGAGCAGGAGCCACUACUGGGAGGUGGAGUGGGACGGUGGCGUUGUUGAUUUGGCUCUGUCAUACAAAGGCAUUAAAAGAAAGGGCUCAGGGAAAGAGUCUUGUUUUGGCCACAAUGGUGUCUCCUGGAAAUUAACCUGCACUUCCUCUGGCUGCACGUUUUGGCACAAUAAUCUUCACAAAGGCCAAAUUCCUCCGGCUCGCUCAUGCAGAGUAGGCGUACACCUUGAUUACGAAGCAGGAAUGCUGGGCUUCUACAGUGUUUCUGACUCUGACACGCUGACACUGCUGCACCAAACCCAGACCACCUUCACAGAACCCCUCUAUCCCGGGUUCUCUAUCGAUUUAGGUUCAACACUGAAAAUAUGCAGCAGCUAAUGUUAGCUGCAGGACUGCCUUUCAGUCUUGAUUCAGGGAUAGAAAAAACACAGGAGUAUGAAUAAUAUGAAUAUACUAUGCAAAGUUGGCGUGUGUGUGCGUGAGAGACAUGCUCACAGAUUAAUGCAAUAAUUAAGAGAGAACAUAGAAUGUGGGUCAUUUUGUUGUGACUGAGAAUCUUGAUUAUGAAUUAACAAGUGGAAACAGAUAUUGUUUUGUCAUAUUUUUGUUUUUGUACGGUUGGUUGCGGCUGGGGUUAUAGUUUCAUGUUUUUGUUUUAUUGUUUGCUGUAAGUCGGAGGACCAUGAUGGAAAUAAGCCUUUUAGUCUUAAUUGUGUGUUAUUUCUCGUUGAUCAGUGAUAGCUCCUGCUGUGCUUAGUCUGUACUUUCAAUUAUUAAUCAAUCAAGCAGACUGCUUUAGCUUAAUAGAGUCUAAGGACCAUGCUUUGAUAAUGAUAUGCCUCUUUAUUUGAUUUGAUGUGCUAUUAUUUACACUUUCAAGUCCAACAUUUGAAUUGCAAAUCUUAAUUAAAAAAAGUUUUGGUGACA